CAAAACUACUUCAGAAGCUCAAGCCAAGUCCAUUCUAAUCAACAAUCUGUAGCAUGCACACGAAUUCAUGGUCGACAGAGCAUAAAUUGCAUCGAAAAAUAAACUCCAACAGGUUGAUUUAAUGAUAACGUAGAUAAGCAACAAAUUAACUACGAAUUCGAAGAUUGAGACCAAGAUUACGUACCCCAAAACUGCAAAUCUGGCACCUCAGCUGCCAAUGCCUUUACUGUUGAUCCAAGUGUCUAAUGCUUGCCCUUCUAUAUGCAGUUAGUCUGGAUAAAUUAAAAAGGAAUACAUAUCUGGAAAAGCAGGGGGGCCGACUAGUUUUGAUCUUUUGCACUUUUUCUCCUUCAAACUAGAGCCCACCAGUACUGUCCCACACAAAGUUUGAACUCCGGUUUUCCUUUAUAAAAAGAGCACACCCAGGCUCCAUUUGUUCCCACAACCCUUCGUUCCUUCAUCAGAACUCAAUACAAAAAAACUGAGAAAGAAAACAUGACUCUAACUCUCCGUUCUUCAACAUCCUUCAUCAAUCUAAAGGACACCAAAUCCUUCAAAACAGCCGACGAAGUCGUCGGCUCAAUCUGCUAUGCACAGAUUAAGCCAACCUUCAGCCUCGUGGCCAAGAGUUCGGUGCAAGCAUCGCACGUCUUGGAGCACCACAGCCUCAUCAAGGUGGGGAGCUUAGCCGAGAAGUGGGAGAAACUGCACCCAUUGUCAGGUCCUCAUGAUGGCAGCAACAGCUCCAAGGUGCCUGUAUUCGUGAUGCUCCCCCUCGACACGGUGACACAUGGGGGGAACCUGAACAAACCACGAGCGAUGAACGCCAGCUUAAUGGCGUUGAAGAGCGCAGGAGUGGAAGGAGUUAUGGUGGACGCAUGGUGGGGAUUGGUGGAGAAAGACGGACCCCUACGGUACAACUGGGAAGGCUAUGCUGAGCUUGUGCAGAUGGUGAAACACCAUGGCCUGAAGAUUCAAGUGGUCAUGUCGUUUCAUCAGUGCGGAGGAAAUGUUGGAGAUUCUUGCAGCAUUCCCCUACCUCCAUGGGUGCUUGAAGAGAUCAGCAAGAACCCGGACCUUGUCUACACCGACAGAUCAGGACGUAGGAAUCCCGAGUACAUCUCCUUGGGCUGCGACUCGAUGGCUGUGCUAAGAGACAGAUCAGGGCGUAGGAAUCCUGAGUACAUCUCCUUGGGCUGCGACUCGAUGCCUGUGCUAAGAGGAAGAACACCAAUACAAGUCUACUCAGAUUUCAUGAGGAGCUUCCGCGACAGAUUCAGUGAUGACCUUGGAGAUGUUAUAGUGGAAGUUCAAGUAGGAAUGGGCCCUUGUGGAGAACUGAGAUACCCAUCAUACCCAGAAGGCAAUGGCGCAUGGAGAUUCCCAGGAAUUGGGGAAUUCCAAUGUUAUGACAAGUAUAUGAGAGCCUCACUCAGAGCAGCUGCUGAAGAAGCAGGAAAUCCGGACUGGGGGAUAGACGGCCCCCAGGAUUCCGGUGAGUACAAUCAAUUUCCUGAAGAUACCGGGUUCUUCAGGAGGGAAGGGACAUGGAACACAGAAUAUGGGCAGUUCUUCCUAGAAUGGUACUCUUCAAUUCUACUACAGCAUGGUGAAAACAUCUUAGAAGCUGCAGAAGGGAUAUUCCAAGGAACUGGGGCAAAGCUGUCAGGAAAAGUUGCAGGAAUCCAUUGGCAUUACAAAACGAGGUCUCACGCAGCAGAACUCACAGCAGGAUACUAUAACACCAGAAACCGCGAUGGUUACCUACCGAUAGCACAAAUGUUUGCCAAGCAUGGAGUUGUGCUCAACUUCACAUGCAUGGAAAUGAGAGAUGGGGAGCAGCCUGAAAAUGCAGGCUGCUCGCCGGAAGGAUUAGUCCAGCAAGUGAAGAUGGCAACACAGGCAGCCGGCACUGAACUUGCCGGUGAGAAUGCAUUGGAGAGGUAUGAUCCAGCUGCAUAUGGACAGGUUUUGGCAACCAGCACAUCAGCAUCUGGCAGUGGAUUGAGCGCAUUCACUUACCUGAGAUUGAACAAGAGGCUGUUUGAAGAAGAAAACUGGCGGCACAUGGUGGAGUUCGUAAGAAACAUGUCAGAAGGAGGCAAGAAUAGGGAACUAGCAGAGUCUGACACCCAGGGGAGUGAUCUUUACAUCGGGUUCGUGAACGAGAAGAACAUCGAGAAAACAAAGGAGAUUCUCCUCGUGUAAACCAUGUAGCUUAGCUUUGGUGAAAAACGAAUGGUUACUUGAACACCAUAAUACCACUCCCAUGCUUUUCCAUACUUGGACUGGGAAAGAUGAGACAAUCAGGAAUGUAUAAUAAAUAUGUUUACCAUAAUGCUAUAUAUUCAUCCUUCUAAGCUGAACAGUAGCCCAACAGAUACAAUGGUUCUAGCAUCAUUCAUAUAUAAGAAAAAAAAACUUAGUUCUAGCAUCGAUUUUUCCACGAACGACAACAGUAACUGGUUUCACAAAUGAUAAGUUCCAUUGCCUUGUAACUUGAAAUUCUCAUAUUUAUUUAAAUACUAAUUUCGAUUUCA